AUGGCGCUCAGAAAGCCCGGAGGCAGAAGUGGACACUGUCUUUAUAACUGCCUGACCAAGCAGACACUGAAAAUCAGACCUUUUGAUAAUUUUGCAGAGAAACGUAAGGCGACUGGCAGAAAAGAGAAAGGCGACCCCCUGAACUCCGCCAUCGACAAAAUGACCAAAAAGACCAGGGACCUGCGCAGACAGCUGAGGAAGGCGGUGAUGGACCACAUCUCUGACUCAUUCCUGGAGACCAAUGUCCCUCUUUUGGUGCUCAUCGAAGCAGCUAAGAGUGGGAAUGAGAAGGAGGUCAAGGAGUAUGCCCAGGUGUUCCGUGAGCAUGCCAACAAGCUGGUGGAGGUGGCUAACCUGGCUUGCUCCAUAUCCAACAACGAGGAGGGAGUGAAGUUGGUACGAAUGGCCGCCACCCAAAUUGACAGCCUGUGUCCACAGGUCAUCAACGCUGCGCUCACUCUGGCCGCUCGUCCCCAAAGCAAGGUGGCCCAGGACAACAUGGAUGUUUUCAAGGAUCAGUGGGAGAAGCAGGUCCGCAUCCUGACCGAGGCCGUGGAUGACAUCACCUCCGUGGACGACUUCCUCUCUGUUUCAGAGAACCACAUCCUUGAGGAUGUCAAUAAAUGCGUAAUUGCUCUGCAAGAGGGAGACGUGGACACUCUCGACCGAACUGCUGGAGCUAUCCGUGGCCGAGCUGCCCGUGUUGUCCACAUCAUUAACGCUGAGAUGGAAAACUACGAACCUGGGGUCUACACUGAGCGUGUGCUGGAGUCCAUCAAGCUGCUGUCUGAGACUGUCAUGCCCCGUUUUGCUGAACAAGUGGAGGUAGCUAUCGAGGCUCUGAGUACGAACCCCCCGCAGGCCUUUGAGGAGAAUGAGUUCAUUGAUGCGUCCCGGUUGGUGUACGAUGGCGUCCGUGACAUCAGGAAAGCUGUCCUAAUGAUAAGGACACCAGAGGAGCUGGAAGAUGACUCAGACUUUGAACAGGAGGAUUAUGAUACUCGCAGCAGGACUAGUGUCCAGACUGAAGAUGACCAGCUUAUUGCAGGACAGAGUGCUCGGGCCAUCAUGGCGCAGCUUCCCCAGGAGGAGAAGGCGAAGAUUGCUGAGCAGGUCGAGAGCUUCAGACAGGAGAAGUGCAAGCUCGAUGCAGAGGUUGCCAAGUGGGAUGAUAAUGGCAAUGACAUCAUCGUGCUAGCCAAGCAGAUGUGUAUGAUCAUGAUGGAAAUGACUGACUUCACAAGAGGCAAAGGCCCCCUGAAGAAUUCCUCUGAUGUGAUCAACGCCGCUAAGAAAAUUGCAGAGGCCGGAUCCAGGAUGGACAAAUUGGCCCGUGCUGUUGCAGAUCAGUGUCCCGAUUCAGCCUGCAAGCAGGACCUGCUGGCUUACCUGCAGAGAAUCGCCUUGUAUUGCCAUCAGCUCAACAUCUGCAGCAAGGUGAAGGCUGAGGUCCAGAAUCUGGGCGGAGAGCUUAUCGUGUCCGGGUUGGAUAGCGCUACUUCUCUGAUUCAAGCGGCCAAGAAUCUAAUGAACGCAGUGGUCCUGACAGUAAAGGCCUCGUAUGUAGCUUCCACCAAGUACCAGAAGGUGUACGGGACGGCUGCAGUGAACUCGCCCGUGGUGUCUUGGCGCAUGAAGGCUCCGGAGAAAAAGCCCCUGGUGAAAAGGGAGAAGCCAGAGGAAUGCCAGACACGUGUCCGACGAGGCUCCCAGAAGAAACACAUCUCCCCCGUCCAGGCCCUCAGCGAAUUCAAGGCCAUGGACUCUUUCUAA